UCUGGGCUAACAUGAAAGGGACACGGGAGGAGACAGAGCCGUGUACCGUAAACACCACCGGGACAAUCAGACACGGAGCUUUGCCUGUUAGAGGCUAAUCGUUUUCCUGCUGGAGGGGACAUUUGGACUCCUGCGGUUGUUUUGAGUCAUUGUCCCUCGUCACUGUGAUACUCCAAAGCGGGGCAAAGCUCGCUGCGGGUUUGAAAAUCCAUCCUGACGACUGUGGUGGCGGGGCACGGUCGCGCAACUCAGGAUUAUGGCAUCACCCUUUGUGCCUGUCCCUGUGCCCAUGGACAGAGCGUUGUCCGGCGGCAGGAGCAAGUUGAGACGGCCACAGCGAGCGUCUUCACUGGGAAGUGUCUCCAGCAGCUCGGACUCCCUGUCCUCCGUACACAGGCUUGGAGGAGAGGACCGCGGGAGAGCAUGUGGAGGGCUCGGUUCCCAACGUCCUCACGUCGCAGAUAGAGCCGGCCGUAGCCGAACGCCCCCGCCGACCCAGAGCCCCAUGACUCGGGCCAGGGUGAAUGGGGUGCUGGAGCCCUCGGUGGAGUACUCCAGCUGUCCUCGCUCCACUUCGGAUCCUGCCGGGAGCCAUCAGAUCGAGGAGAGGCCCAUCACCCCCACUGUUCUGGGGUAUGAAGUGAUGGAGGAGAGGGCCAAGUUCACGGUAUAUAAGGUCCUUGUCAAGAAAACUCAGGAUGAGAGCUGGGUUGUUUUCCGAAGAUACGCAGACUUCUCCAGACUCAACGACAAGCUGAAAGAGAUGUUCCCAGGUUUCCGCCUCUCGCUGCCUCCUAAGCGGUGGUUCAAAGACAACUAUGACAGCGACUUCCUGGAGGACAGACAGCUGGGACUGCAAGCGUUUUUGCAGAACCUGGUGGCGCACAAGGACAUCGCCAACAGUCUGGCAGUGAGAGAGUUCCUGUGUCUGGAUGAUCCUCCGGGGCCGUUCGACAGUCUGGAGGAGAGCAGGGCGUUCUGUGAGACUCUGGAGGAAAGCAACUACCGUCUCCAGAAGGAGCUUCUGGAGAAGCAGAAGGAGAUCGUCUCCCUGAAGAGGAGGCUGGAGGAGAAGGAGGCGGCCAUCCUGCUCCUGGAGAAGCACAUCAAUGGAGAGUGUGUGAGCCCGGAGUCUCCGUGCGGUCUGUCAGCGCAGGGCAGCGAGAGCAGCGCCGACGUCGACGUGGAGUCGUCCGCUGUAGAGGCUGACCAGGACAUGCCUGAAGACACGGGAAGUGUUUCAAGCCCUCAUGAGAGCUGCCGCCUUGAACUCGAGCAUGUCUGCAGAUCCUCGUGGACUUCAGGCUUUUACUCAAUCCCUGCGCAGUGAAGCGGAUGAACAUCGUUACUUACUUGAUGAUAAUCGUCCUCUUUUAUUUUGCUUUUUGAAUAAAUGUUUUCCCUUUCCCUCUUGUGUUUCUUACCCUUCGUUCGCCACAGCAGUGCUGCCCCCAUAUGAAAAAAAGAGCCAAAUAAGACACGAGGUACUGAAAGAUUCCCGCUCAGCAGGCUGACCUUGCAGCACACUGUCUUCUCAUCUCCUUCUUCUUCUCCUCCUCCUCCUCAGUAACAUGCAUCCCAGUGCUACCUGUACCGUGGAAAUGUGGCGUCUUUGUGAUGUUGGGGUGUUGAAGGAUAGGUUCAGGUCUGUCUUAGCAUCGUGCUCUCAGUGGAAGCACUUUGUUAAGAUUCAUGCAAAAGCCGAACCUAUCGUGUGAGUGCCUGCAGCCAGGAUGUGUAGUGAGGCUGGAGUGAGUUCACCGUCGGUCCAUCCAGUUUGACAUUUCUCUCACUUUUUCCCUUAAAGCAGGGGUCUGCAACGCACUCCUGCAUCCUCUACUGGCUCCUUCAAGCUUCUUAGCCCAAUUAUACCUACCUUCAUCUCUUGGAUCAAAAAAUAAGCUGAACUAAAAUGAGGAAAAAAGACUGAAAUAAAGCUUAUAAUGGAGAAAAACAAGCAAAGAUGUUUAGAAAAGGGAUAAAAUGGUUAGAAUGUUCUUCCUCCCUGUGACUUGAAACAUCCUGAAUGCAACAUAAGAUAGAUGCCUUUCAUGUAAAUCCUUUUACAGCCACAUUUUUGCACGACAGCGCAACAAAAUUCGCCCCUUUAAAUGACGUGCUGCUGGCAGAGACGAGCGAGCACACGCACAAGAUGAAGCUGUGCUCGCCUCAUUUUAAAGGUGCCGCAGCCCUAGUUAAAGUUAAUUUAAUGGAAAAUCAUCAAAACGCCUCUUUUGUUGCAGAGCACUGGCGUUUUAAUACCCGGGGGGCCCCAACAGCUUUAUUAAAGUCACAGGAUUUCAGUCCACCGAACCCAGGAUGGCUAAACGUUGCAGCUCCUGCACAAAGUGCAGCUUGUUGGUGUCGAAGUGAGUGGCCUGAAGGUGAAUUCGCCCCGGCGGUGUAUCUUCACGACACUGUGUUGUUCUGUGCUCCAUGGACGUCUUGGCUGUUCCACACUGCACCCCUGCAUCGUAUUGGAGCGCUUCUAAUUCACAUGGUGACGUCUGAUCACAAUGUGGGGACUGGAGGCUCCUGGAGUCCAGGGUGUUUUUUUCUUUUCCUGCCUUCCUCUCUCAAUCAGAAGCAUGUAAAGCUAAAGAACUGUUGCUCAGAGCUCAGCUGCUCUCGCAUGGACUGCCGGUGCGCUGUACAGUAACUAGUAGACGAGUCUUUGUUCUUCCAUUAACAGAAUGUGGAGAGUCGGUGGAAAACAGCCUGUUUUCCUCGGUGACUCUCUGGGAUUGCUCUCCAUGUCCGUCUGUCCGGCUCUGUGUUGUCCGUCAGUGUGCUGAGUGGAAACGCUGAUUGUCCCUCCUGUCCCCCCCCAGCGGCAGGUGCGAGGUCCAGCCGGUGCGAUCCUCCGCCUGCUGGUGCGGUCCGCCUCUCAGCGCCUCCCCUCCGGUCAUCCAGGUCACUCAGCUCUACCACCACAAGCCGGAGUACUAACCGCAGCGCUGCUCCGUCCCCUACACACACACACGCACACACACACACGCACACACACACACCCGCUGCUUCCUGGUUCUGUCCCGUUUUUGAUACCACACCCACUCCCACUCCCUCGUCCCACCUCUUCUACACAGGAUCACUGGAACGAGUCUUGAGACUAUGUUCCUGGCAUGUGGAGGAGAAGCUGAAGACCUCGCAGACCUCAGACGAAGCCGAUAUUUUUCAGUGGCCAUCCCCCGAGUUUUCCUCUGAACCUCCCCCCGAGGCUGUCGGAUCGGAUCCCAGAGCCUGGGUCUGGCUCCUUGACCAAAAAAAAAAAAAAAAAAUUAAGAGAGACUUCACGGCUUGAAGACGAUAAUGUUCAAGAAUACUGACAAUCUGAAGGAAAACCUGGAUCGUGGUCACCACCGGGCAGACGCCGCCCACUUCUCAGUCCAGAGGAACAACAGUUUCUGUUGAUGAUGGGAGGGACUGGUGAUGGGGUGGGAGUCUCAGACCGGGGACCUUCUUGUUUUUUUGGCUUUUCCAUGUCAUUGCUGUGUACUGCCAUUACUGUCGGAUGUCCGUUCAUUGAGUUUCUCUACUGUUUUCUGUUGGCGUUUCACAGCCUACAUUCCUGCUGUCUGUAGUGCCAUGUGUGUUUAGAAACCAAGUCCAGUGAGGGAUGGUACAGUCCGUUACUCGCUCCACCACCGGCCUCCUCUCAGCCCUGCAGGUGUUACGCCGCGCACGUCGUUCGGCUUUUAUGUGCCGGGGAGUUAAAGGUAUCUGCCGUGUGCCGGUAAUGGCUGGAAAUCUGUGUUUGAUGGUAGUGAUCCACUGACCUCACCGAUUCUUCAAAGCAAUAGAUAAGUCACUAACGACUCGGGGGUUUCUGUAUAUUCUGAGUGAGCAUGUGGCCUCCAGAGCACGCUCCAGGACCAGAUGUCUCAAAACAUCUGCAGAUGCAACUCCAAACAUUUACAAAUGUGGGUGUUGGAGGCUUAUUUUAGUUGUUUAUCAAUUCUUCAACGCAGAAAGUCAGGAGACGCGUCUCGCUGUAUGUCACAGAGGAGCAGGCUCAUGAGAAAUGCUAAACAUCACACAAGGGACGAAAUCGGAAAAGAUUCUGAAUAAAGAAUGGGAAAACCUUUGUUGGUGCGAUUUCAGGAAGACCAGGUGACACACUCGCAGGGAGACUGUUACUCUAGAUCAUCCGCUAAAGCCAUACUUCUGGACGUGUCGGCGUGUCGUAAACAACAGUUUGGGAGGCAGCAGGUCAGCACGCCGCGCCGUGUGCUCGCCAGCUGUUGUUUUCGCUUCUUUAAUGAGGACCUAAAGAAGUGUUCUGACAGACACUUAUCUCAAGCCAGGCCCGGAGACGGUCAGGUGAUGCACUUUAUGGAUGAAUGGCAGCGCGUCAUGUUUGCUCGGAUGGGUUUUUUUUAUGAUUAUUAACUGCGUGCGGGACAGAAACAUGCCUUUUCCAUCACUGAACUGCUUGAUUCCCAACUGGAACUGUUAUGUAUUGGAUGGGUUUUUACUCAUGUUGUGUUUUUUGCUCUUGUAUCAUUCAAAGUGCCUUGAAUUCUUUCUUUUUUUCCCUCCCCAUCUGGUUUUUGAGUGCUUGAUUAGCUUUAUACAACUGUUGAAGACAUAUCUGCUGCAUCCUUCCGAUGGAAACGAUGUUUUAAAAUAACUUUCCUGUGUUUGUGUUUUUGCUUUGAAAAGACUGAACUCGACGCGUUUCUUUUGUAAUACAUGAAUUGUGCUGGAGGGUUGUAGUUCAGAUUGACACUUAGCUGUUGCACUAUGGAGAGAGGUCCUUUUGAUAUUGUCUGCUAUCACCGAUAAUGGCCCAGAUUUAAAGGGAUAAUUCACUGCGUAUUUGGAUCUGAAAUGUCGACUGUAGAUAGUGUUACACAUGCUAUAGCCAAGACUUUAUCUGAGAUAAUUAUUUAAUUCACAUGCAAUUAAACAUGGACUGAUAUAUUGAA